AUGGCGCAUCUGAACGUGUGGUUUAUUUUGCUUCUACUCGCUACAGCAGAUCGGGGAAGAUAUCGACGUAGGAAUGGCAGGAGACGAGGGGGCGGAAUGGGAACGGUGCAGGGCAGCUCGACCGAGGGGGUAACAUCACCCGAUGAUCCUGAAAGCGAUGCAGAAGUUGGGAAUGCUACUUGUAGAAAUAAACUACCCUCCGAGCUGAUAAUUUUUUUUUCUCUUUGUUUUCUCUUAGUGAACCACACCAGGAUUUAUGAGCUAAUCUCGUCAAACGCGAUAGACCUGGACCCAUUUGAAUUUCCACUUCACCUAAACGGUUCAUACUCCAGAGUAGCAGCAAUCCGAACUGAUGUUUGUCCUGGCAAUGUUACCUCAUGUUUCCAUGGUUUCAGCAUCUCUAUGUGGCUGCUUGCCAACGAUACGUCAGUCACUGAUGAGGGUGUGUACUACCUCUCUAGCGGAGCUCAGAGAACAGAAUCCUGUGGGUUCUACUUUCGUCUUGAUUCAGUGAACUCUGACCCCAAUGGGUCAAGGGUCGGUGUCUUUGACAUUGCUGUGGCAACCGCAGAUACUCUGUGGAAAGUGCGUUACCAGGCCAGAAUGUCAGUGAAGUCACAUGUCAUGAUGUCAUGGGGACCCGAUGUCGGGUUGGAUGUGUACAUUGAUGGUAUCUGCGCUGGUAACCCUGACACUGAUGAAGGAUACCAGCGUUAUCCAUUGACCAACUGCUCAGACGAUCCAUUCCAAGAUUUGUACAUCGGUGGAAGGAAUGACUUGGCUAGUGGCGGGUUUGCUGUGGCUGACGUUGGAGAACUUAUCAUCUGGGAUGCUUGGAAGAACCCCAUUGACGUCUACAAUCUUGAAAAAGAAGCCUAA